AUGCCGCAGACUGCUCGCCUGUGGCUCCCAGUUGCAAAAAUAAUCGAUGGGAGGAAUCGGACUUGGUUUGAAGCAGAGGAGAGCACGUCGGCUCCGGUUAUGAAAGAGAAUCAGGUACACUGGUUCGAUUUGGCAAAUGACAAUGAGAAUCAGCUUAAAGUAUCAAAUGCGAGCAAUGAAGAGGACCAUCUGCCAGCCGAGAGGCCGACGUUACCCAUACCAGAGGCCAUCUCUCCCGUGGACUCAAUUCAACCACACAUUGAUGUACCAGAAUCUGAAGAGAGUCUAGAGGAACUCAAGGAAGAGGAGGUAGAGCCCCCCAGAAAGCGGGGCAGAGGGCGCCCCCCUGGUGCAAAAACCAGGGCAAAGGUUGAUAUUGCCAUGCUGCCUCCUCGUAAGCGCCAUGGCGAUGAUCUUCCUGGUCCUCCAAGCAAAGAACGAAAGUAUAUCACUCGCGAGACACCCGAGCCUGAUCAAAUCAACACGGUGACGGAUUUCGAGACCGAAAUAUACGUAGAGCUCGCCAGGUUAUCAGUGUCUGGGAGAGGGGGGAAGAAUGCCAGGGCAAUUAAGGACGAAUCAUGCCAGACACUUGGUCCAUUUGUGAUGGAUCAGGAUACAUCUUGGGGUGAACUCAUCUCAAAGAUAGCUAGCGAGCUUGAAUGCACGCCUGAAACUGUCGUACUGACAGGCAUGAGCUGA